AUGCAAUAAAGAACUCAAAGCGAUUCAGAACAGUCCCACAAAGUGUAGUAAUUCAUGAUUACUGAUGAGCAGAUAGGUGAAAUUCAUGACUUUGUCAAUAAUUCUCUAUCUGAUGCUUAUUAUCCAAUUUCCUAAUAGAGAGGUUAAAAGUAAUCAGAGCCUACUCCUUUGUCAAAUGAAGAAUUGAGAAGUCAGCGAAUGAGUAUAGAUAGUCCUGAUGCCAGAUUAAUUUUAUAAUCAUCUAGCCGGCAAUAAAAAGAUGAACCUUAGCAUUAAUUAACAUUAUUUUAAUCUUGGAAUGCAAUCAAGUUUAUAAGAAGAAUUAGUGAGCGAAAAAGAAUAAACACGAAAUUCAGUCAAUAUUAAUACGAUUUAUUAAAUGAUAAAGGCUCGUCAUUCGAUUUAAAAUUAUUUAAGGAGAGUAGUUUACAUUUUAAACCAAUGCAUAGAGGAUUAAGAAGAUCAAAUCAAGUCGAGCAGAUCGAAAAACCAUCGGCACUAUAACAAGUAAAGAGCUAUGCAAUUCACCAAAAAUAAAAUAUCAAGCAAUUUUUUAACAGAAUCGAAUAAUAACUUCAAAAAAUCCCCCUAAUAACCCCUGAAUCAAGAUGGAAAUUGAUUUGGGAUUGUUUUGUUGCUUUUUCCAGGUUAUAUUUCAUGUAUGUAAUUCCAAUAGAUUUGGGAUGGACACAAAUUCCAGUGAUUUAUGGUUAGUUAUACCCAGUUUCGGUUUUAGCACUUAUAAUAUUAUUAUUAGAUUAUAUCAUAAGCUUUAACAAUUCUUUUUAUCAGUUUGGCUAAAUAGCGAAUUAAAGAGCAAUCAUAGCUAAACAUGUAAUCACAAAAAGCUAUGGCUUGGAAUCCAUAUCCUUGUUAAUUCUAAGUAUUUACCUCUUUAAUUCAAAUUCCAACACAAUCAAUGUGUUGGACAAUUGGGCAGAUGUUUUUAUUGCUUUAUUUUAUGUAUAAAGUAGAAAUAUUCCGAAAUUGAUUGCCUAAAUAGAAGAAGUGCUGAAUUUGUCGAAGCCAGUUUCAUCAAUGUUAGAGUUAUUGAAAUUGAUAUUGGUAUUGUUUUUCGUUUUGCAUUGCUACUCCUGUUUGUGGUUUUUUGUUGGGGAAUAUAGCCACAACCAUUCAGUUUAAGGAAGUUGGUUAGAACUUUAUCAUAUUGAACAUGAAACCUUUGCCGUUUAGUAUUUGUUUUCAUUUUAUUAUUCUACAGUGACGAUGUUCACAGUAGGAUAUGGAGAUAUUACGCCGGUUAGUUACAUAGAAAGAAUUAUAUCUAUAUUCUAUAUGAUGUUUUGCAGCAUUCAACUGAGUUAUAGUGUGAGUACAGUAGGAACAAUCUUAGACAAGAUAUCAGCCUAUGAAUAGGAGAAGAUGAAAAAGGUGCAUACAAUAAAUACUUAUAUGCAAAAUAAGAAGAUUGGAUAUGAACUACAGUAUUAAGUUAGAGAAUAUUUGAAUUACUAUUGGCAAUCACAAAGUCAAGUAGAAUCACAGGAUGAAUAAAAUAUUAUUAAUUAACUAUCUUAAAAUCUUAGAGAAUAAUUAAUGUUACAAGCAAAUUCUAUCAUUUUAAAUGAAUGUCCCUUAUUUAAAAAUCAUUUCAGUGAUUAAUUAAAGAAUAAGUUGGUAAGACAAAUUAAAUAAACAGUAAUCUAGCCUGAAAAUAUAGUGGAAUUUGAUCAAAUAUUCCCAACUCUUCCAAAUGGUUAAAUCUUUAUGUGCUUUAUAGAACAUGGAGAAGUUUAGAUCUUAAUUCAAAAUGAUUAAAAGGACUCCAUUUAUUCACAUCAAUAAGUGUCUGUGAUUAGUAAAGUAGGGAAGGGAAGUAGUUUGGGCAUUUACAGUUUUAUUAGUGGUCAAAAAUCUCGAGAGAAAUUUAGAAGUUUAGGUUUCACUAAAUUGCUGUUACUAUCUCGAGAUGAUUUUUUAAGAAUAUUGCCUGAUUAUCCAGAAGAUUAUGAAAAUUUUAGAAAUAUUCAUGAUGGACUUCUAUUUAAUUAAGAUUAUAUUCAACAUAUGAAAUGUUUUUCAUGUUAAUCCUCAACUCAUAGAGUCAUGAAUUGUCCUCUUCUACAUUACGUGAGUGACAGAGAAUUCAUAAUUAAAAAACAUUUAUUUAACAAAGAUCAUAACAGAUCAAAAUUCAAAAGGAACAUGAAAAGAUUUAUAAAUUAAUUUCAUGCAUUAGUGGAUUAAGAAGAGAUCUCUGAUAUUGCUCAAUUUUACAGCAAUUGCAAUUCUAAAUGGACUGAAUUUUAUGAUGAACCUCCUGAAGAGGAUGAUGACCCCAAAGGUUCUUAAAUCAAAAAGAUUGAUGUGAUAGUCGCAUCUCCAGAUUUGGCAUAAUCUCCAAUGUAGCAUCAUAGACCAUAGGCAAGAUUCAGUAUUUUGAAUAAAAGAGGGAGCACAAUUGAUGCAUUUGAACCUGAAGAGAACAAACAGAAAUUGCCAAUGAUAAUCAGGGGAACUAAAAGAAGAUAAUCUAAUGUCCAAUAACUCAAAUCAAUAGAAGCUAAGUCAUGUACUUAAAAUCCGAAUUCAAGACGAUUGAGACCAUCAUGUACAAUAGAAUUUAGUCGAUUUAGACAAAUUCAAGUAUUGUAAAGAUUUCGCAAAGUUGUUUAAAUGGUUAUUAAACUUAACAUUAUGAAGAAGAAGAAAUCGAGCAAAAAGACUUUGUCAAAUAAGUUUUAAGAUAUUUAACAAUAGAACCAAUAAUUGAAGUUGAUCUUGGAGAAAGUGAAUAUUAGGAUCAGUUAGAUUGAUUAAGGAAAGAAGGAAAUUUUAAAUGAUAUAGACAUCUAAAAUGCAUUUUUGUUAUCUACUAAAAUUAAUAUGCUCAUCUCAUUAUAACAGGAAUAUUUUGUGAAUAAGACCAAAGUUUAAUAAAUGGAUGUUUGCAAGGAGUUUUAAUAUUAUUAACCUUAAAAUAACUUCACUAAAGUUCUUGAGAAAGAGGAAUUUUACUAUUAGCAAAGAAAGAUUUAGCCGAAGUUAUUAGAGCUUAGAAAUAAAUUAGUGUAAUAUCUAAUGUUCCCUUAGAUGUAUCUUGAAAAAUAUAAAUAUGUGAAAUUACAAUUAGUGAAUUUGCUAACAUAAAGAUAAUUUAGAGAUGAAAAUAAUAAAUCUUAGAUUUUUAAUAUGAGCAAAAGAAACAAAUUUAGAGGUAAAACUUUUAGAGCACCAAAAGUGAACUAAAUUCUUCCUAAAUGA